CUGCUGACCGUCACCGUUUUCCUGCCCACCGUCGCGGCGCUACUGCUGGCGGUUGGGCUGGUUCGUGGCGACCGGAACAUUCGCUGGUUCGCAGCCGCCGUAGCCGUCGCCGACCUGUUGCUGUCGGUGGUCGUAUUCGUAUUGUUCCAGCCCGGCGGUGAACGCUUCCAACUUAUCGACCGGUUGGAUUGGAUAAACACCGAGACAGUCCAUGCCAGCUACCUGCUGGGGGUGGACGGGAUCAGCGCGCCGCUGGUCAUGCUGACCGGACUGCUGGGCCUGUGCGCGGUGUUCGUGUCGUUCCAUAUCAGCCACCGGGUACGAGAGUAUUUCAUCUGGCUGUUCGUUCUCCAGACCGCAGUUAUGGGUGUGUUCACCGCCCUGGACUUCCUGCUCUUCUUCCUGUUCUGGGAAAUCGAGUUGGUGCCGAUGUACCUGCUGAUCUCCACCUGGGGCACGGGGCGGCGCGAAUACUCGGCGAUGAAAUUCCUGAUGUUCACGAUCCUGGGCUCGGCGUUCAUGCUGGUGGCCAUCGUCGCAGUGUUCGUGAGCGCGGGCGUGGGCAGUUUCGACAUGACACGGCUGCUGGAGCCGGGAGGCGCGCUGGACGCAUCGCGCGCCGCGCUGCCCAUGGGGGCGCUGUUCUGGCUUUUCUUCGUCGCAUUCGCGGUCAAACUGCCGACAUGGCCGGUGCACACCUGGCUGCCGGAUGCCCACACCGACGCGCCGACCGCCGGCAGCGUGAUGCUGGCCGGCGUGAUGCUAAAAAUGGGCGGGUACGGCCUUCUUCGGAUCAACGCGGGAAUGUUCCCGGAGCAGUUGCAGGCCUUCGCACUGCCAAUUGUGGCCCUGGGAGUAAUCAGCGUGCUAUAUGGCGCGGUGGUGACGCUGCGGCAGACUGACCUGAAACGGCUCAUCGCGUAUUCGAGCGUCAGCCACAUGGGUUUGGUGCUGCUGGGUCUGGGAUCGGUGGCGGCGGUGGGCGGUGCGUUGACGGACGCCGGCCUGACCGGAGCGGCCAUGCAGUUGUUCACCCACGGAACGAUCACGGGGCUCCUAUUCGUGGCGGUGGGCGUCAUGUACGAAAAGACGCACACGCGCUACAUACCCGACCUUGGCGGCCUGGCAAAUCGCAUGCCACUGGUUUCAGGCGCGUUUCUGAUUGCCGGCGCCGCGUCUUUGGGGCUGCCGCUGCUGAGCGGGUUCGUGUCCGAACUACUGGUGUUCUUUGGCGGUUUCCGGGCGUUUCCGAUCCUGACAAUCCUGGCGGUGCUGGGGAUCAUCCUCGCCGCGGGGUAUAUCCUUUGGAUGUUGCAGCGUACACUGUUCGGGCUCCGGCCGGCGCGCUGGGAUGAGUUGACGGACGCCGGGCCGGUGGAAUUGGUUCCCAUCGCGCUGCUGGUCAUCAGCAUUGUUGCGGUGGGUGUCUACCCCGCCUGGUUGACCGACGUGUUCCGCGACGGAUUGGAGCCGAUAGUGAGCGGGUACAACACGGGUCUGGCCGGGAUCGCCCGCUAA